CUUCCAACGACGCAUCCUCUCCGUCCCCUUUACAGCCCAACUCUGUGAUGCUGGACUCCCUACCUCUUCUCAAAGGGAGUAUUGCCCUCGAUCGAGCCCUGAGCCACGAUGACAACAUCUUUCCUCAGAUCGGGUAUCCUCGGCAGAAACUGGAGUUCUGGAAUUACUUGUCCGCUCGGAAGCCUGAGAUCGAGGCAAUCGUGGCAUUUCACCUCCGUGUGCCUGUGAACAUGUGCCGAGUUGCAGGUGAAGGGACUUGGAUAUCUGGCAGCUACAACGUCUGUAUUCCUGUUCAUAUCAAUCCGCCUUCUGAUGUGCGAGCCGUGCUCGUUAGGAUUCCGCUACCUUACAAAGUCGGAGAGGCAUAUUCUCAUGGAAACGUGGACGAGAAGCUUCGAUGCGAGGCUGCGUCGUAUAUAUGGAUUCAGCAACAUUGUCCAGAUGUCCCUAUACCUUCUCUAUUUGGCUUUGGAUUCCCUGAUGGCCAGACGUUCACAGCUCCUGAACAUGUCUCCCUCUUAACGCGAAUGACGUGGCAUGUACGACGAAUCUUACUGUCCUGGCUUCGGCUUCCUACCCCGUGUCGAUAUAUUGGUCGAAAAUCUUCCUAUACUUUAGAAACCGGUUAUAUAAUUAUAAGCUGGGUUUCGCAAGGGAAGAUGCUUUCAAAUUCAUGGAAUACUCUCCGCCACGAUCAAACUCGCCGAUCAAACCUUUUUCAUGGCCUGGCUCGAAUCAUGCUUUCGUUAAACAAGUGUCCCUUGCCUCGAAUUGGCUCAUUCACUUUGAACAAUCAAGGUUUUUUAACCUUGACAAAUCGUCCUCUGACCCUACGACUCCAGUCCCUAGAGAACGAGGGUAUUCCGACGUCUAUUAGCAAGAGUUCUACUUAUUCAGCUGUAGAUCUCUACCUUCUUGACCUCUUACGCUGUCAUAAUAAUCGCAUUCAAUAUCAGCCAAAUUCUAUCCACAGCCAAACUGACGGUGAGCAACAAUUAGCAGCAUUAACCAUGAUGCGCGCUAUCCUCCAACAGUUUACUUCUCUCGAUUAUCGUUACGGACCUUUUGUUUUUACCCUCACAGAUAUUCACCAGAGUAAUAUCUUCGUUGACGAUGAAUGGCAUAUAACUAGCCUGAUCGACCUCGAGUGGGCCUGCGCACUACCAAUAGAGUUGCAAUGUCCUCCAUACUGGAUUUCCGGGAGAGCUGUAGACUGCAUCGAACACGGCGAACCUCUUGAAACUUUCCGUCAAAUUAUCGCCGAAUAUUUCGAUGCUUUUGAGCAGGAAGAGAGGGAUAUGGCACUUCCCAUAUCCCACACACCUAUCAUGCGGAGGUGUUGGGAUACCGGAAGCUUCUGGUAUUUUCACGCGUUGAAUAGCCCAAAGGGGUUAUAUCAGCUCUUCAACGAACACAUACAACCAUUGUUCCAUCCAGAACACAAUGAAAUGUCUAUUUUCGAUAAAGUUGUAGCUCACUAUUGGAGUAUUGGUGCAGCUGAGGUGAUACAGAGGAAGAUUAAGGAGGAGAAAGAAUACAAGGAUAGACUGAGAGAAGCUUUUGCCACUAAUGAGAAGGAAUAG